AUGGCGUACACGCAAAGCCUGCUGCGUGAUGGGCGCGCGCUUGGAUACACAGCCAAGGCGUUGGCGCCAACAGUGACGAUGCCGCGGAUCAAGGCGCUGAUGACCGGUACAGUGCCAAACUUUUUGGAUGCUGUGCUCAAUACUGCCGAGUCCGACACGAGCUCGUCGCUCAAAUUCCACGACAACCUGCUGUGGCAGCUAAAGAACCAUGGAAACAAGACGAUCAACCUGUUCGGUGAUGACACCUGGCUGCGCUUGUUCCCCGACACAUUCUCGCGCACGGAUGGUACGUCAUCAUUCUUUGUCACUGACACAGUCGAAGUAGACCUGAAUGUGACACGGCAUGUCAAGCCAGACCUGGAGAAGGAUGACUGGGAUGUGACUGUUUUCCACUACUUGGGACUCGACCAUAUCGGGCACCUGGCGGGACCUAAUAGCCCGCUGAUGAAGCCUAAGCAACAGGAGAUGGACCAGGUCGUGAAGCAGGUGAACGAGAUCAUCCUGCGUCAGGACGCUGAGCGAAUGGCCAAGGACAAGGCGGCCAAGCCGACGCUAUUUGUGCUGCUCGGCGACCACGCAAUGAACGAGAUCGGCAACCAUGGCGGCAACUCGAAGCUGGAGACGUCGACUGUGUUUGUGUUCAUGGGACAGGGCAUAAAGGGACAAGAAUUGACCUGGUGCCGACUCUGUCGCUGCUGUUUGGCGUGCCCAUUCCCAAAAACAACCUGGGCCUUCCGCUGA